ACCUACAUGGAUAUAAAGAAAUUGAAUUUUCAUCAAACACUAAAUCUUCCUUUCUUAGUUCUGAAUAGAUUAUUUCAUGUCUCAUUUUGUUGCAAAAUGCAUUCGCAUCAUAUUCUUCCCGUAGUUUAGGAUCUCUCAGUACCUUCCAUGCUUUAUCUAUCUCCAAGAAUUUUUCUGAACUCUGCCCUGUUCCAGAAGUUUUGUCUGGAUGAUGUAUUUUCACUAGUUUCUGCUAUCAUUUACGGGAUGAUCAAAUACUUGUUUUUAAUUUACUUGAUAUCAGUUGUACCAGCCCAAAAUGCAUCCUUAGUUAUCAACACAUGGAAAUUCUCCAACGCAACUAAAAAAGCUUGGAAUGUGCUGCAAGAAGGAGGUUCUGCUAUAGAUGCUUUAACAUCUGGUUGUUCAGUUUGUGAAGUGGAUCAAUGCGAUUUCACUGUAGGGUAUGGUGGUAGUCCUGAUGAAAAUGGGGAAACUACCCUAGACGCCAUGGUAUUUGAUGGAACUAAAAUGGAUAUGGGGGCUGUAGGAGCUUUGAGAAGAAUCAAGAACGCUAUCGGGGUUGCGAGAGAUGUAUUGGAACAUACGGAGCAUUCAAUCUUAGUUGGAGAAUUAGCAACCCAAUUCGCCAAACAAUUAGGCUACCAGGAAGAAUCUCUAACGACGAAGCAUUCCCAAAUUAUGCACAAAGACUGGAAGGCGACAACAUGUCAACCUAAUUUUUGGAAGGAUGUAGUGCCUAAUCCAAAGCAAAGCUGUGGCCCUUAUGAAAGAAUAUCGGAGAAUGAUAUCAAUUAUAAUAGAUGGUCAAUCAUCAACGGGGAAAACCAUGAUACAAUAGGAAUGGUAGUCAUGGAUGUAACUGGUAAUGUAGCGGCAGGUACCUCGUCUAAUGGUGCAAAAUUUAAGAUUCCCGGAAGGGUAGGGGAUGCACCAUUGCCUGGAGCUGGCGCCUACGCAGAUAGUGAAAUUGGUGGUGCAGCUGCAACAGGAGAUGGUGAUAUUAUGAUGAGAUUUCUUCCAAGUUUUCUGGCCGUAGAAGAAAUGAAACGGGGCUCAUCUCCGAGCUUAGCAGCCAAAGUAGCGAUAUCAAGAAUCGUCAAAAAGUUCCCCAAAUUUUUUGGGGCAGUUAUAGCAUUGAAUACCAAAGGUGAACACGGAGCAGCUUGUAACGGCAUGGAUUCAUUUCCCUAUUGUAUUGCUGACGAACGUAAUAAAAAUGUUGAGUUGAGAUAUGUGGCUUGUAACAAUGAUAAUGAAAACUGAGAAUAGUGUA